GACUGAUCAAUCCAUGAUAUAAACAAUUAUGUUAACAAUACAUAACCUCAAAACACGGUUAACAUUUUGUUUAUUAACAUUGGAGUAUAACAAGCUUAAACUUGCUCAUGAGGCAUUUAUACAUUACAUUCAAGAAUUAAUGGAUAUAUAUCAUUCAUAAGUAAAACAAAAAAAAUGGAUGUAGCAACUAUGGUUUCUACCUUUAAUUUACUGUUUAGCAAAGAAAUAUCCGAAUUUUGUGCAAAGUGGAGGAAGCAGCAGGAUUACAUUUAUGUAGUUACACUUUUUAGACAGUAGAUUGCAGUCGUGCUCCUUAAAAUGGCAGCAGAAGAAAGCGUCAUGACGUUUAACGGAAGUUUGAAAUUACGCGCCACAAAAGUCAUAGUUAAAUUAUUUUAUUCCACCAUAACAUUGGAGUUGUGUAUGAAUUGUAGUUAUUUAGCGACAGGAUUGCUGAACGCUUUAUAUAUAACGCAAUUUGACUUUUGGAAGUAAAAUGUCUUUACUCAAACCAUUUAGUAGACAUACUGGACUAAACACAGUGGUCCUGUAAGUAACGUUGGCUAGUAAACGUAACUAAUUACCAAAGAUUAUCAUUAAACCAAUUGUGACAUUACUGCUAUCCAGAUUAUUGAUACAUUUACAUAAACAGAAGUCAAUAUUUGUAUCUAUGUUUAGACACACCGCUAACUCACCCGUUGUUACUCAAUGAAUGUGUUUCUUAUUUCAGCUGGUGGAGAACGAAGAGCAAUUUCAGCAGAAGUUAGCUGACGAUGUUGUUCUUCAAGAGAAGACUGUCAAUGUCAAUGUAAGGUUGGCCAGAAGCCUCCCACUACCCAUGGAAAACGAGGAGUCUCGGCCACGGAUAGAUCUGGUGGUUUUCAUAAUUCACCUAACCUCAGAGCUCAGCUUCCAGUCAGCAGAGACCUCCCUCAAGUAUUUAGACCCAGGUUACUUCCAGGGCAAAGUCUGCUUCCUGGUUACCAGUGCUCGUAAUGUGUCAGUGCCCCCUGAGCGGCUGGUCUCUGUGAGGACGCUGGCUGCAUCCCUUCACUGCCCCCUAUUGUGUGCAGAGGAUCAGACAACAGAGGGGGUGACCACGGCAGCACACCGAUUACUGGCCAUUCUCAAGGUAGCGGCCAGUCUUGUCCCUAUGGCAACUAGUCUCUACCUGUCCACCUUGACCCGCUGCACUGUGCCCUCUGACAUUGACCAGCAGAACUUUGAGUGAUCUUGACCUUUUAACCCAGUCCAGAACAUCACCUGGACGAGCCAAGUCUGGUUGACCAGGUAGUUACAUGGACUGUUACUUGUGCUCAAUAGCUAUUGCGGUCUCUAAAGCAGAUAAAUGUAACAGGUUUAUAUAGAGUGGACUGCAUGUGAUAUCGUUAAAAUUUUGUUUGUACAGUGCCAUGCGAAUGUAUUCGGCCCCCUUGAACUUUGCGACCUUUUGCCACAUUUCAGGCUUCAAACAUAAAGAUAUAAAACUAUUUUUUUUGUGAAGAAUCAACAACAAGUGGGACACAAUCAUGAAGUGGAACGACAUUUAUUGAAUAUUUCAAACUUUUUUAACAAAUCAAAAACUGAAAAAUUGGGCGUGCAAAAUUAUUCAGCCCCCUACUUUGUAGCGCCACCUUGUGCUGCGAUGACAGCUGUAAGUCGCUUGGGGUAUGUCUCUCAGUUUUGCACAUCGAGAGACUGACAUUUUUUCCCAUUCCUCCUUGCAAAACAGCUCGAGCUCAGUGAGGUUGGAUGGAGAGCAUUUGUGAACAGCAGUUUUCAGUUCUUUCCACAGAUUCUCGAUUGGAUUCAGGUCUGGACUUUGACUUGGCCAUUCUAACACCUGGAUAUGUUUAUUUUUCAACCAUUCCAUUGUAGAUUUUGCUUUAUGUUUUGGAUCAUUGUCUUGUUGGAAGACAAAUCUCCGUCCCAGUCUCAGGUCUUUUGCAGACUCCAUCAGGUUUUCUUCCAGAAUGGUCCUGUAUUUGGCUCCAUCCAUCUUCCCAUCAAUUUUAACCAUCUUCCCUGUCCCUGCUGAAGAAAAGCAGGCCCAAACCAUGAUGCUGCCACCACCAUGUUUGACAGUGGGGAUGGGUAUUCAGGGUGAUGAGCUGUGUUGCUUUUACGCCAAACAUAACAUUUUGAUUGUUGCAAAAAAGUUCAAUUUUGGUUUCAUCUGACCAGAGCACCUUCUUCCACAUGUUUGGUGUGUCUCCCAGGUGGUUUGUGGCAAACUUUAAAUGACAUUUUUUUAUGGAUAUCUUUAAGAAAUGGCUUUCUUCUUGCCACUCUUCCAUAAAGGCCAGAUUUGUGCAAUAUACGACUGAUUGUUGUCCUAUGGACAGAGUCUCCCACCUCAGCUGUAGAUCUCUGCAGUUCAUCCAGAGUGAUCAUGGGCCUCUUGGCUGCAUCUCUGAUCAGUCUUCUCCUUGUAUGAGCUGAAAGUUUAGAGGGACGGCCAGGUCUUGGUAGAUUUGCAGUGGUCUGAUGAUACUCCUUCCAUUUCAAUAUUAUCGCUUGCACAGUGCUCCUUGGGAUGUGUAAAGCUUGGGAAAUCUUUUUGUAUCCAAAUCCGGCUUUAAACUUCUUCACAACAGUAUCUCGGACUUGCCUGGUGUGUUCCUUGUUCUUCAUGAUGCUCUCUGCGCUUUUAACGGACCUCUGAGACUAUCACAGUGCAGGUGCAUUUAUACGGAGACUUGAUUACACACAGGUGGAUUGUAUUUAUCAUCAUUAGUCAUUUAGGUCAACAUUGGAUCAUUCAGAGAUCCUCACUGAACUUCUGGAGAGAGUUUGCUGCACUGAAAGUAAAGGGGCUGAAUAAUUUUGCACGCCCAAUUUUUUCAGUUUUUGAUUUGUUAAAAAAGUUUGAAAUAUCCAAUAAAUGUCGUUCCACUUCAUGAUUGUGUCCCACUUGUUGUUGAUUCUUCACAAAAAAAUACAGUUUUAUAUCUUUAUGUUUGAAGCCUGAAAUGUGGCAAAAGGUCGCAAAGUUCAAGGGGGCCGAAUACUUUCGCAAGGCACUGUACAUUUUUGGUUUUGUUCACAUUGUAAACUUUUUACCAUUUACAAUUAUUUAUUUUUUUGGCUUUGAUCUCAUUUGUAAAGAAAUUGUCUGGUAUCUUUGUAAAUAUAAUUGGGGUUACACACUAACCUUACUUUUUAGAAUGUCACUUGUUGCUGUGUCAAUAUACUGACAUUAGGUGGAGUGCCUGCUGCCUGGCGAAAGCCUUUGGUUCAAUGACUCCAAAUUGCUUUCUGGUUGCUAUAGAAACAGGAUGAUGGAAAGGAUGUGGUUUUCUGGGAUACACCCAACAUAUUGACGAAAUUGAACCAUGCAAUUGAUGUCCCCUUAUCUUUCAUUAUGUAGUGUUUCUUUGACCUAUGUGAGAAAUAAACGGCUUAGCUUGCUGAUACAAUCUUAAA